GGAGAGAAGCAGCAGCUGCCGGCUUUAGUGCGUGAGGCGACCUGGAGAGGGAAGGAGCUGGUGCUGUCCACCGGGCUGCUGGUGCUGAAUCUGGGAUUCCGGAUCUGUCCUGUUGGCUUCGACUGCGCCGGGAGGCUUCCCCUCCCCCUUUUCGUCCACCCCACAGAAGCAACUUGGCAAAGGAGCUUAUCGGAUGUCAAGGAGAUUCUCUGGUCCCUCAUGCCCUACUAAACGUGGAAAUUUCUUCGGAGUUUAUCCUGGACUCUUGGGUUCCUUUCAACCUGCUACCUUUGCAACAUUUUACAUUUCAAUAUUUUUAUUUGCUGGUCUUAAACAGACAUUGACAAGAAUUAAGUGCAAUCUUUCCACAAGAAGAAAAACAAAAGGGACAGAACGGUUUUCCCCCUUCCUUCGUGGACUUUAGUGACUUCAGUCAGGAAGAAAAUAUUGAAAAUAUGUUGAUGUGGUGGACAAUUGUUUCUUCUCUUGGAUGCAUUUUAUUGGGUUCAGAAGGAUGGCAAGCAAAAGAAGGACAUGACUUCAGAUCAUUUCAACCUCUUAUGCGAUUACGCCACAAGCAGGAAAGGAGUCCAGAGAAUUCAAGAAAUAAAGGAUCUGUGAAUCAUGGUGUCCUUCUUGGAUCAUGUGAAAAUAAGUAUUGUGGCUUGGGUAGGCAUUGUGUUGCCAACAGAGAAACAGGACAGGCAGAAUGUGUCUGCAUGGAAAAUUGCAAGCCUCAUUACAAGCCUGUUUGUGGUUCUGAUGGUGAAUUCUAUGAAAACCACUGUGAAGUGCACCGGGCUGCCUGUCUGAAAAAGCAGAAGAUUACUAUUGUCCACAAUGAAGACUGCUUCUUCAAAGGGGACAACUGCAAUUCUAUUGACUAUAACAAAAUGAAAAAUUUCCUGCUGGAUCUACAGAACAGAAAAUAUAUUCUACAAACAAAAGAAAGCAUUGUUGAAGAUAAAAUGGCUUUGAAGAAAUUAUUGGUGGAUCAGAUGUUUAAAUAUUAUGAUUCAGACAACAAUGGACUUGUAGAUAGCAACGAACUAACACAGGUAAUAAAACAAGAUGAACUUGGCAAGGAUAUGUCUGACUGCUCUCUUUUUGAUCUGUUGAAAUAUGAUGAUUAUAAUAGUGACAAGCAUCUUGGCCUGGAAGAAUUCUACAGAGCAUUUCAAGUAAUACAACUGAGCCUGCCAGAAGAUCAGAAAGUAAGCAUUACAGCUGCAAUAGUUGGACAAAGUGCAGUUCUAAGUUGUGCCAUCCAGGGGACCCUGAGACCUCCAAUCAUCUGGAAGCGGAACAAUGUCGCUCUGAAGAGUUUAGAUUUAGAAGACAUCAAUGAUUUUGGAGACGAUGGGUCCCUAUAUAUUACUAAGAUUACCACAACUCACAUGGGAAAUUAUAGCUGCUAUGCAGAUGGCUAUGAUAACAUCUAUCAGACUCAUAUUCUUCAAGUGAAUGUUCCACCUGUCAUAAGAGUCUUCCCUGAAAGCCAAGCUAGGGAGCCAGGAGUGACAGCUAGUCUUCGAUGCCAUGCUGAGGGAAUUCCAAAUCCAGUGCUUGGUUGGUUGAAGAACGGAAUUGAUAUAACCCCAAAGUUAUCCAAACAGUUAACUCUUCAAGCAAAUGGCAGUGAGGUCCACAUUAGCAAUGUACGUUAUGAAGAUACAGGAGCAUAUACUUGUAUUGCAAAGAAUGAAGCAGGAGUUGAUGAAGACAUAUCUUCCCUUUUUGUAGAGGAUUCUGCUCGGAAGACCCUUGCAAACAUAUUAUGGAGAGAGGAAGGUCUGGGAAUUGGUAAUAUGUUCUAUGUGUUUUAUGAAGAUGGAAUCAAAGUGAUACAACCAGUAGAGUGUGAAUUCCAGAGACACAUUAAGCCCAAUGAAAAGCUCCUUGGAUUUCAGGAUGAAGUCUGUCCAAAAACUGAUGGGGAUGAAGUCCAGCGAUGUGUCUGGGCAUCUGCUGUCAAUGUAAAGGAUAAAUUCAUAUAUGUAACUCAGCCAACUUUAGACAGAGUAGUAAUUGUUGAUGUACAGUCUCAGAAGGUUGUGCAGGCUGUAAGUACAGAUCCAGUUCCAGUGAAACUACAUUAUGACAAAUCACAUGAUCAAGUAUGGGUGCUCAGUUGGGGAAGCUUUGAUAAGAGUUCUCCUACACUACAGGUGAUAACCCAGGCCAGUGGAAGUAUUUCUCAUCAUACUAUUCACACUCAACCAGUGGGGAAGCAGUUUGACAGAGUAGAUGACUUUUUCAUUCCUUCUACAACUCUUCUUAUUACCCACAUAAGAUUUGGAUUUAUUUUUCACAAGGAUGAGCCUGUACUCCAGAAAAUUGAUCUUGAAACGAUGUCAUACAUCAAGACAAUCAGUUUAAAGGAUUACAACUGUGUUCCAAAGACUCUGGCAUAUACACAUCUUGGAGGAUAUUAUUUUGUCAACUGUAAGCCUGACACUACUGGAGCUAUUCCACCGCAAAUAAUAGUAGAUAGUGUUACUGACUCAGUUAUUGGAUAUAAUGGUGAUGUAACAGGAUCUCCAUAUAUUUCUCCAGAUGGUCACUAUAUAGUCAGCGUUGAUGAUGUGAAAGGUCUCAUGAGGGUCCAGACAAUUACACUAAAAGGAGAAAUACAAGAUGCCUUUGACAUUCACACAAACUUGCACAUAUCUGAUGUGGCUUUUCAAGCAUCAUUUACUGAAGCCCAUCAAUAUAAUGUCUUUGGUAGUUCUAGUACACAGACUGAUGUCCUUUUUGUAGAACUGUUCUCUGGGAAGGUGAAGAUGGUGAAGAAUCUUAAGGAACCUCUUAAACCAGAUGAAUGGCCUUGGAACAAUAAGAACCGAUUAAUUGAGGGCAGUGGGCUCUUUGGUCAAUACCUGAUGACACCUUCCAAGGAAUCCUUGUUUAUUCUAGAUGGACGACUAAAUAAGCUUAAUUGUGAAAUCACUGAAGUUGAGAGAGGAAACACAGUAAUUUGGGUUGGAGAAGCAUAAGGAACCAUAUUAGAUAACACCCAAGUGGAUAGUUUUACAGUACAUUGCACUUAUCUUCAUCCUCCAAAUUGUUAUUAUUUUAUUAAAAAAUGUUAGACCCUUCUGUACAUGUUGUGUGGUUGACUGAAAUGGAAUUUUGGUGAAAUAAAAGAUGCUGAAAUUGUGAGAAAACAUACUAUGUACUCUUGGUAACCUUCACAGGGCAGAGUGGCCAAUUUGUGACAAUAUUAAAUUAUGAUAUACACAUUGGGUAGAUGACAAAAUGAUGCCUCAUUAUAACAACAGCAACAACAACACUUAAUCAGUUUCACUGAAUUGUUAAUAUUACACACCAUGUGCAUAGUUAGUUUUUCUACAUUAAAACACUUCGCCCUGUCCUGACAACUAUUUAAUAUUUUUGUGCCUUGAAGGGAAAUUUCUCAUAAGGAAAGAGAAGCCUACAAUACAUGUAAAUGUAUUCUUGUUGUGGUUAUAAGUUCUGUUUAUCUUAUGAAAAUUUUUUGAUAUCUCAAAGUUUUCCAUCUCCAUCAGAUUGUAAGGCAUGGUUUUAAGUCAUAGGAAAAAGUUUAUUUGCAACAUCUUGUGCUAUCAUUUUUAUUACUACAGCUUGAAGAUAUGGUUAUUUUUAUUACAAUUUAAAGUUAAAAUUUUGUUAGCUGUUCAUCUAUU